CGAAAGAAGGUAUUCAAGCCGCAGUAAGCAAGACCGGCGUAUCAUUGUGUCAGUUAACUCUAGUCUGCAGUUGGGUUGGCAAGUAUUUUUAGUUUCUAUGAAGUGACACAGCAACAACAACAAUAACAACAACAACCGAAUCGCGAGACUCGCUCUGAACUUCAACAAUGCCGUCUGACACAGACGUUUUGGCGGAAUUAGACUUGGGGGAACCACCCAAGGAACUAUUAGAAUGGGCUCGAGAAAACAUUAACGAAGACCCAGAAACGAGUUGUCAGAAAUUGGAAGAAUUCAGAGAUAUGAUUUUCGAGAGAGACGAAUGCGUUCCACACAGAACUGAUGAUUCUUUUCUUUUUCGCUUCUUAAGAGCUCGACAUUUUAUUGUAGAGAGAGCGCACAGACUGCUAGUUAACUAUUACACCUUCAAAGAAAAUAAUCCGGAAUUUUACGAAGGCGUUAAUCUGAGACAGUUAUUAAAAAUGGGGGAUGACUCUAUAAUUACUGUACCUCCUUACAGAGAACAAACUGGAAGGAGAAUUUUGUUGUACAGGAUAGAACAUUGGGAUCCCGAAAAAGUGUCAAUCGAGGAAAUAUUCCAGGGAACGAUGAUCGUACUGGAACUAGCCAUCCUAGAACAGCGAGCACAGAUCCUGGGUGGAAUAUGUAUAUUUGAUUUGGGUGGCCUGUCCAUGCAGCAGGCCUGGUAUAUGACACCCUCCAUAGCUCACAAAAUGGUACAGAUCAUGGUGACCUCGUUCCCAAUGAAGAUCCACGCCCUGCACAUAGUGAACCAGUCCUGGAUUUUUGACAUCAUUUACAACUGCUUCAAACCGUUCCUGGACGAGCGGAUGAAGUCGAGGAUAUUCUUCCACGGGGAAGACAUGGAUAGUCUCCAUCAACACAUUGACCCCAAACACUUGCCAGAGAGGUACGGCGGGAUACAUCCGGACUACAGCUACAACGACUGGGUGAAUUAUUUCGAAACUAACGAGAAAAUCCGCUGGGAACUGGAAUCCUUAGGUUACAGAGAUGAACCGGCUGAUAACAAUAAAACCGAGGAUUUCAUAGUGACCGAAUGAUUUUCUUAUUUUUAUAUGAGGAAGUUCUGUUUGUGCCUGCAUUACCUUGUCACUUGGAGGUUUAGUAAUUUCGAAUACACUAGAAAUUACAAGGCUGUGAAGUGGUUUUCUCUUUGUUACGUCACGUUUGAAAAGGUUGCUGGAUUGAAGCAUGACUCAUAUUUUUCAAUGUGUGAUGAAUUUGAAAGACAGAAAGAAAAAGUUACCACAUUAGUUAUCUUAUCAUAUUUCACAAAAUAUGUCAAAAGAUGCGUCACGGAAAAUAUAAAAGAUAUUUAAAGAGAGGGAUUGUAACUUUUUUAUUCCUACAAGCUGUAUGCCCGCAACUGCAACUUGCAAACAAUUUCAUGUGCAUUAUUGUUUCAUGCACGUUGAACAGCAAUUUUAUUAAGCUUUCCAAAGGUGUAUCGUAUGUACAAACAAAUUCAAAUGUACCAAGAAAAAAAGUUGAGAUUCUUAAAAUUACUAUAAUAAUUUUUACAUAUUUUUCCAAAAUAUAUCCAAACCCGAUAGUAGCAAAAUGGUAUCGUACGCCAUUUAACCGUUUUUCUACCUCUUAUAGUUUCCGAGUUCCUAAUACAUGCAUCACCAAAAUAUAUCAUCUGGUAUACAAAACUAUAAUGUUUACAAUAUGUUACUAACAUUGGGAGGAAUGUUAAUUGUGAAUAACAAAAAAUAAUCUAGACGUAUUUUGUAAUGGAAAAUUUCUGUUUGUUUAAACUUUCAUGCAUGAGAGCAAAAUGUAAAUAACAAAAAAUAAUCUGGGCGUAUUUUGUAAUGGAAAAUUUCUGUUUGUUUCAACUUUUAUGCAAGAGAGCAAAAUGUGAUAUAAUACUAACUAUGUACUCUUAUUAAUCAUUGAAAUGUGUUCAACUUUCUUUCAUAUUCUAAAUGUAGGUCUGCAUUAGGAAAUAGAUGGGCGAGUUGUUAAUAACAAUAAUAUAAGAAAAUUCCAUUCCGCAACACUAAGAUCUUUUUGUAUGAUUAUUCGAAUUAAACUUUGGUGAAUGUAAUUAUAUUUUUCAAAUAUAUUCGUAUAUAAUAUGUA